GUCAAUGUCAUUAAUUAACUAAAAAUGCCAAACGGUACUGUUACUGCCGAGUAGAUAUUGUGGAUCGUGAACUAAAAUAAUAGGUAAAUUCAUAUUUUUAUACACGUCUCUGCUGUAUUAUGAAUCAGUGAUCCUACGAAAUGGACGACACUGAGAGUACUACAACAUCUGCUGAUGAGAACACUGGUAAUUUGUGCGACAACCCUACAAGGGAUACUUUGGCGGAAGGUUUACUUGGCCUUUUGAAGCCUACUGUAGACCAACUCGACGACAGAGUAAGGGCUACGAGGAUAUCACAAUUGGAGUUGAAGCAGCAAAUAGACUCAUUGAAUGAGGAGCUGCAGAACGUGCGCGAGGCUCUGAACAACCAUCCUGAUCUAGACCCAUAUGUGAAGAAGCUGAUAUCUUGCAAACACAAGGUUACUGUGGUGCUGAAUGUGCUGCAGGCUUCACAGGAUAGACUCAACGAGAUAAGACGAAUGGUGAGCAAGGAGAAGAGUGUACGCACUACAGUACUACCAGAGCAGCCACCUCCAGAGCCAGAACAGAGCACCAGCGGAGUGGUCACAGACAGAGGAAGCAUCAACUGACAACAUGGAGACUCCC